GGGAGGAGCGGGUAGCCGGGGCGGCGCCGUCUCUGUCACUGUGUCGCUGAGGCGGGGCCGGCGGGCGGGGGAUUUCCCGGCGGAGGAAGCGCGGAGCCCGGCCCCGACCGAGCCCCAGGCCGACAGCGGCGGGCUGAUAAUGGCAGAAGAUGGCACCUUCCGAAUGGCCGGAGUGUACAACAUUGAGGACUACCCAGCGCUCGACAUGCCCGGCGUGAUGUUGAACGAUGCUGCCACCCCCACACACUCACCGCUCUACACAGACGGCCCGUACCUUCAGAUCAUCGAGCAGCCCAAGCAGAGGGGUUUUCGUUUCCGCUAUGGAUGUGAGGGUCCAUCACACGGAGGAUUACCGGGGGCUUCCAGCGAGAAGAACAAGAAGGCCUACCCAGCUGUGAAGAUCUGUAACUACGUGGGACACGCCAAGAUUGUGGUGCAGCUGGUGUCCGGCGGAGGGGACCAAGCCCACCUGCACGCCCACAGCCUGGUGGGCAAACAGUGUGAGAGGGGCAUCUGUGUGGUACAGGCCGGGCCCAAGGAUAUGCUGUCCACCUUCCCCAGCCUGGGCAUCCUCCACGUGACCAAGAAGAACGUGGCCAGCACGCUGGAGCAGAGGAUGAGCCAGGCGCUACUGCAGGGCUACAAUGCAGGGGUCCUCAUCCACCCUGAUCUCGACGUCCUGCACGCCGACACCUGUCCCCCCGCCGAGCUGACCACCUGCCAGCGGGAGUUGAUCCGGGGUGCGGCGGUGCUGCAGGCCAAGCGCAUGGACCUGAGUGUGGUGCGUCUGAUGUUCACCGCCCUCCUCCCCGACAGUGGCUGCCGAUUCACACGCAGACUCAUACCCGUCAUCUCCCAGCCCAUCUACGACAGCAAGGCUCCGAACGCGUCGAACCUACGUAUCGUGCGGAUGGACCGGACGGCCGGCUGUGUGACCGGCGGGGACGAGGUCUACCUCCUCUGUGACAAGGUGCAGAAAGAUGACAUCCAGGUUCGCUUCUAUGAGGAGGAUGAGAAUGGAGGCAUGUGGGAAGCGUUUGGGAACUUUGGCCCGACCGACGUGCAUCGGCAGUUUGCCAUCGUGUUUAAAACUCCAAAGUACCGGGAUGUGGAGAUUUCCAAACCCGCAUCGGUCUUUGUCCAACUUCGCAGGAAGUCCGACUGUGAAACAAGUGAACCAAAGCCCUUCACAUAUUACCCACUGAUCAGAGACAAGGAGGAAGUGCAGAGGAAACGACUCAAGCUCUUGCCCAAUUUCUCUGACCAUUUUGGAGGUGGAGGUGGAGGUGGUGGAGGGGUUUAUGGAGCCGGAGGAGGAGCAGCAGGGGGGUCCAAUUACUUUGCGGGAUUCCAAGGAUAUGCCAACUUUGGAAACUAUGCCUAUCCUCCCGGAACCACCAACACUAGUGCAGGCAUGAAACAUGCCACCAUGGACCAUGGCCAAGCGCCUGCAGAGACCGUCGGCUCCCCCAUCCAGCCUGGAGACCUGUCCCCAUCACCUGCCCUAGGGUCACACCACCCAAGUGCAGAUGUGUUGGCGGUGGGCCAGGCUCUGGCCCUGGCAGAGCGACACGCACGGGCCCUGCUGGACUACGCAGCCGCCGGAGACCCCCGCAUCCUGCUGGCCGUGCAGCGCCACCUCACCGCAGCACAGGACCACAACGGAGAUGGGGCGUUACACUUGGCCAUCAUCCACCUGCGGCCCCUGGUCGUCCAGCACCUGCUGGCGGUCAUCGUCAGUCUGCCCGGCCACGACAUCAUCAACAUGAGGAACGACCUCUACCAGACGCCGCUACAUUUGGGGGUGAUCACGGGUCAGUGUGAGGUGGUGGAGCAGCUGCUGGGGGCCGGUGCCGACCCUGCUCUCCUCGACUCCCAGGGUAACACGGUGCUGCACCUGGCCGCGGAGCGGGGUGACGUACGGAUGCUGCAGGUGCUACUGGAAGGCAGCAACCCAGCCGCCAUGGACCUGCUGCCCCUCCACAACAAUGCAGGUCUGGCUCCCAUCCACUUGGCAGUGAUGGCCAACAGCCUGGCCUCCCUCCGGCAGCUGCUGACCACUGGAGCUGAUGUGAACGGGCCGGACCAGUGCUCUGGACGCACCGCAUUACACCUAGCCACAGAGAUGGACAACGUCUCAUUGGCCGGCAGCCUCCUCCUCCAGGUCGGGACUGAAGUCGACGCCACCACAUUUGACGGGUCAACCGCUCUUCACAUCGCAGCGGGGAGAGGAUCAACCAAACUCUGUGCCUUGCUGAUGGCCGCCGGUGCUGACCCACACAUACAGAACCACGAGCCGCUGGCGGAGAGGACAGAUGAGGAGCCUUCAGACUUUGACGACGAAGGCAUCUUCUGUGGGACCACCCCGCUGGACAUGGCCACCACAGAAGAGGUCUACGAUAUCCUAAACGGCAAACCCUACCAACCGAAGAACAAGUCUGUCACUCCCUUCCCACAAGGUGAUUUGGGACAACUGGACAGUGAGUCCAGGCUGGAGCUUUGUAAACUGCUGGAGCAGACCCAGUCGGGGCUCAACUGGUUGAGUCUGGCCGAGAAGCUGGGUCUGGGCAUCUUGGUGAACGCCUUCCGACUCAGCCCGUCGCCCGCCAGCUCCCUGCUGGAGAACUACCAGGUGUCUGGUGGAACACUGAUGGAGAUCCUGGAAUCGCUGAGGUCCAUGGGGCACCGUGAGGCAGUGGCCGUGGUCAGUAAAGCAAUGGCCAACUCAGGCAGCACACAGGCAAUCGGGCAUGUGCAGGCAACGGCCACCCCACAGCACAACAUUGUUGAGGCGGAGGAAGAGAAGGGCCAGCAGUGCGACAGCGUGUGUGAUAGCGGCGUGGAGACAUCGUUUAGGAAACUCAGCCAUCUGUCCUUGGAGUCUUUCGACAACGAAACUUCUUUCAAACUAUGAGCGGUGCUCGACGGCCUGAUCUCCACCGAUCACCGACCCCACUGGAAGCAGAAACAUUCUCAACGUCUGCUUAAUCGCCACACAUUCCCAAAGCUAACGGAAGAUUCCUGGCCCACUCAGCUGUAUUACAACUCGUUUUAAACUAUUGCAGCCUCUGUGUUGCUGAGGCUGCCCAUGUCCUUGGAUCCCCACCGUGACCUCUGGGUGCAUACAGCUUGCUGUUCCCCGGGCUGUGGGAUGGCCCUAGGGUUUGCAGAUCUCAGGGAAGUUUCCAGAGUGCGGAUGCCGAGAUCAGUGGAGGUCUUCCUGGUUUCCUGCCAACAUGGGGACCAGGCAACAAUCCCCCAUCUAGUUGGAGACUCUGAGCGCACCGUGACUGCGCCAUAUCUGUCCCACAGCCCCGUGUCUGCGCUGCACAACCAUCACUGCCCAGAUAUCUCCAUGGUUCAUGUUCUAGGAACAGAAUUAGACCAUUUAGCCCAUCAAGUCUACUCUGCUAUCUUUCCUUCUCAACCCCAUUCACCUGCCUUCUCCCCAUACUAAUCAAAAACCUGUCAAUCUCCACCUUAAAAAUAUCCAUUGACUUGGCCUGCACAGCCGUCUGUGGCAAUGAAUUCCACACAUUACCAACCUCUGGCUAAAGAAAUUCCUCAUCUCCUUCCUAAAGGAAUGUCCUUUAAUUCUGAGACUAUGACCUCUGGUCCUAGACUCUCGCACUCAUGGAAACAUCCUCUCCACAUCCACUCAAUCCAAGCCUUUCACUAUUUGGUAACUUUCAACGAGGCUUCCCCUCAUCCUUCUAAACCCCAGCAAGUACAGGCCCAGUGUCAUCAAACACUCAUCUUCAGGACCAGGGAUCAGGUAACCAUGAGAUCCCUGAAUUACAGUGGGCACUAGGAUCCACUUAGUACUGAUCAUGUUAAACCAAAGCUUCACCCGUGAACUUUCCCUCUCCACUUCCCUGGGUUUGUCUCUGUCUGCAGAGCAACCAAACUGGUUGUGUGUGUUUGGGUGGGUGGGUGGGAGGAAGGGCUCUUGGAUUCUUCACGAGCCAAACUGCAAUUUUUAUUUUUUGUUUACGAAAAGCUGUAUUGUUCCCAUCAGAAUUGUCCUUGCGUUCGACAUGGAUCCUGUAAAUAGUCCCAGCAGCUGGGAUUCCAAAAUUAGAUUUUUGUAUUUUUGCUUGAAAUAGGCACUUUGAAAUUUUAUGCUUUUUUAAAAUAAACAAUUGAAAAAAGA